AUGGCUUCAAAAAUAUAUGCACUAGAAACAGCUCGUCCUAAGAGCACCAGAAAGGCUGUUAGACCACACAAAUUGAGAGCCAGCUUGGUUCCAGGUACAGUUCUGAUCAUUUUGGCUGGAAGAUUUAGCGGAAAGAGAGUUGUUUACCUCAAGAACUUGGAAGACAGUACACUUUUAGUCACAGGACCAUUCAAGGUCAAUGGUGUUCCAUUGAGAAGAGUUAACUCAAGGUUUGUCAUUGCUACAAAGACUAAGAUUGACGUUUCAUCGCUAGAUCUAUCGAGAUUUGACGUUCCAUACUUUGCCAGAGAGAAGAAGUCGAAGAAGAGCCACAAGUCAGAGAAGGACUUUUUCAAUGAGGCUGGAGAGAAGAAGGAAAUCAAGGCUGAGCGUGUGAACGACCAGAAAAUUGUCGACAAGUCUUUGAUUGCCGAAAUAAAAAAGACACCAAUGCUCAAGCAAUAUCUAGCAUCUUCAUUCUCUUUGAAGCACGGUGAUAAGCCACACGCAAUGGUUUUCUAA